ACUUGGAUGAGGUCAAAGGUUAAAGCACGAUGAUAUUGUUCCUGUUUUCAGAGUUCAAAAUGACAGCAAGACACUGGUAUUAGAUGAAAUGUGGCACGCCAAGAGGAGGUUUGGAGCCAAGGCUGGGAGGAGUUUGGACGAAGAGGCGAUACAGCCGUAGAAGGAAUGACAUACUCUCUGUUUCCUGGCUGGGCAUCAUCCCUGGUGACAAUGCCCCCAAGCCUCAGUCCAACCCUGUCUCAAAAUGCUUAGUCCAUCGUAAUCAUGCAGCAAUGUGUCCCCAUUUUGUGCUACUCCAGGUGGAAAACGCUUUACCAACUAAUCACUGGCCUUUCCAGAACAAAUAUUUGUCCUGUAGUCACAGAAGUCAUGGAGGAGCAGACAGGCUCUCCUGCAGCAAAUACUGACAACAGCCAGAGAAAUGGUGAUGAGAAGCUCCGGCGUGGCAGCUGGACUAAGGGCAGGAAGAGGAAAAAGCCAAUGAAGGACAGCAAUGCACCUAAGGCCCCUUUAACAGGCUAUGUUCGCUUCAUGAAUGACAGACGGGAGCAGCUACGGGCAGAGCGUCCAGAUGUGCCCUUUCCAGAGAUUACGAGGAUGCUGGGCAACGAAUGGAGCAAGCUGCCCCCUGAGGAGAAGCAGCGAUACUUGGAUGAGGCAGAGCGAGAUAAGGAGCGCUAUAUGCGGGAGCUAGAGAAGUACCAGAAGACAGAGGCCUACAAACAUUUCACCAGGAAGGUCCAGGAGAAGCAGAAGGGAAAGCGACAUAGGGGAGAUGUUGGGCACCAGGUAGCCAGUGAGGCUCUUCAUGAGAAGGAUGCAGAAGGGAAGGACAGAACUGUAUUUGACAUACCAAUCUUCACAGAGGAGUUUCUCAACCACAGUAAAGCACGUGAAGCUGAGAUGCGGCAGCUGCGUAAGACCAACAUGGAGUAUGAGGAGCGUAACGCAGCGCUGCAGAAGCAUGUGGAGAGCAUGCGAGGGGCAGUAGAGAGGCUGGAAGGCGACGUGAUGCAAGAGAGGGGCCGCAACGGGCUUCUUCACCAACACCUGGAGACCCUGCGCCAGGCGCUCACUUCCAAUUUCUCUGGUGUACCGCUGCCAGGCAGUGGAGAGACACCCACUCUUGAAACUAUUGACUCCUACAUGAAGAAGCUCCAUAGCGUCAUUCUCAGUAACCCGCAAGAACACGAGAGUCUCAUCAGCACUGUGAGAGACGUGGUCAACCGUUUGGACAGUAGCACCAUGUCUGCCUCCUCGGCCAACUUCCUUCCUGUAAAGUGGCGGGGUGACACAGGAGAGAGGAGCCAGCACCAGCAGAGAGGCACAGGUUCUGGACCAGAGGAAGGAGGGUGUGACUCAGAGCAGAGAGGAUGAGUCAGGCGUCAUGUGCUGAAUUGGCACUCGACACAAUCGUCUACAGUAAAAUGAAACAGUCACUGCUUUUCUAAAGGUUUUCUGUUGGUAUUUUCAAGCAGGCAGCAGAUAAAAUCUCCACAAUGAAAAAAAGAUUUAAUUACUGCCAUGUACAAAAAAUCAGAUAAAAAUGUAAUAAGUUAAAUGGUGUUUGAGCUACAGAGUGAUGCAAGUCAUGAUGUUGUAAAUUGAGACUCUCCUGUGUGGUCUGUCAACUGUUCCUACUUCUAUAAUAAUGAAAAAUCAUUUUAAUAAAGGUU